AUGGGCUGCUCUCCAUCCAAAGGAAGGUUAUUUUCAAAACCAGAGGGCCAUGGACCUCAACAGGAUCUGCUGGCUGAAUCAUCACAGGACAGUGUCGAUUCUAGACCUGUGGAGGAGGUGAGCAAAUGUAUGAAGACAGAUGAUGAUAAUGAACUUACACUACCUACUGAAGAAGAUCCUGCAAAAGACACUGUGUGGUCUCCGUUGGCCGCUGACACAGCUGCCCAAAACACAGUGGCCAUUAAAGAAAUAGGGAAGAAUGUGAAGCCCCAAGAAAUACAGAGGAAGUCCUCCAUUAUCCAAAUGAAGGUGGACUUCCCUCCAAACAUGGUGAGGGCUCACCAGGCAGCCUUUGCCUUUCUGAACCCAAAUAUCUCCAAAUAUGAGACUCUGUUAGGCCUGCUGGAACAGGCUGCCCAGACACAGUUGUCCCUCCAGCCCAUGAUGUCUGCUUUGGUGAUACGCUUUGAGGAGAUCAACCAGGCACUAGAGGAGAUGGCUGAGGAAGGGGAGCUGAUGUUGAAGCAGCAUGGGGACUACAUGGCCUUUGCCAUCUGGGAUGAUGGGACCAGCUCCAACUCCCCUAAUCCACCUCCAGAUCUUUUACAGCAACUGCUCCAGCAUUCAACAGAGAAAAUGAGGCUUGUGGGGUGCUCGGUCCAGGCACUGGGUGACAGCACACUCGAGGAGGCAUUGGAAUAUUUUUCUUCUCUCUCUAAACUGUUGGCUGAGAAGCUGCAGGCAAAGCAGGCAGCAGAACAGAGGUUGGCUCAUGUGUUGGCACAGGUAGAGGGAGCUGCCAUGAGGAAGUCCAAUCCAGAGGAUUCAGCCCUGCACAGUGAGGACAGUGGUAUUGGGGGAGAGAAUGAAAGUCUGACAGGUUCUGAGAGGCACCGCCGUCACCGUGGGAGCGCUGGAUCUGGAAGUUGCGGGUCUGGAGUUAAUAUUCGUAGUGCACUUGAUAGUCUUCCCAAUAAUUUACCCAGCCUUGUAGGCCAUAACGAAGAUGAUGAAGAGGAUGAGGAUGAUGAUGAUGAUGAUGACGAGUUUGAGGAUGAUGAAGUUGAUAGGCCUGGAAGGAAGAGGUCAAACUCCUCUCCACCAGAUCCCAGUCAACCUCUUCUCUACAUGAAUACAAAUUACAUGCAGGAUCGACAGUCCUACAUAAAUGGAAAUGAAGGGGGGUUAGUCAUCAAUGGCAACAAUAACAACAACAGCUGGCCUGACAGCAGAGUUGACCUGGAUGUAGACAACCUACCACCUCCGCCCCCAGAGGUUCUGAUGGACAACUCCUUCCAGAGUACUGACUGCAUAACAGAUAAUGAGGAAGGGUUGCAGGAGGAUUUGGCUCGGAGACUCCCAUUGAUAAGCCAAAAAACUCGAGUCUCCCAGCGUCUGAGGGCAUCUGUGCAGAAUGUGGAAGUGCUGCCCAGCAGAACCAGCAUGAAACCAAAAUUGAUCAGUAUCUUGCCUGCCCAUCCCGUCAGACAGGAUGUUGUUAUAGGGGCUCAAGAUACAAAUCAGCAACCAGAGACUGAUGUGGAUCUGGAAAUGGAGAAGGCUAACUGCCAACAGGCAUGCAAGAUCAUUCACCUGUGCAAUGAAUCUCCUGACAAGAGAAAUACUGCAGAACUUCAAGCCAGAGUGGGCCAGGGGUGUGAAAGCAGUGAAUUUUGUGAGGGUGAGGUGACCUUAUGUAGCCUGCCUGUGACAGCACCACCUGUCUCGAGAGUCCGCCUACCGCCAUCUUGUCCCUCUGUGCGCCACAGAUUUCCAAGCCCUCCUGUGUUCAGAUCUCAGUCUACCUCUAGGGCCUCAUCUCGCCCAAGUUCUCCAAGAACUGUGACACGUGCCACAGAUAACAAUACUGAAGAGAUAAUUCCAUCUGUCUCCUUUCGCGAUGCCCGUUCAGUCUUCUGUCAAAAUGAGUUACAAAACACUCAAACCUGCAUCUCAUCUGGAAGUUCUGUGCUUCCCAGACCAUGGGGCGAGGUCUCCCGGGGCAGGCUACCCAGGCGAGGAAUAGACAACUCUACCCGACGCACUCAAUCAGAGCAGAGGCCUACCUUAACCUCCCAUUCAGAGGUUUCCAAAGAUAGCAGUUCAGCCCCUACUCAGGCCAAGGGGAGUGAGCCUGUUUCUACAAAUUAUAGGCCAGGAAGCCCUGUUAUGACAGGAGACAACGCCCAUUUGGAUCCAAGUGCCGCUGUGACGACAGCCUAG